CAGCACAGGAUGAACCUGCAGGCCUGACAACAGCAGGUAUCUCUACUCUGGUUUUUAACCUGGAGACAGAGUUUACACUGCAAUCAGUCUUUGUGACAUUAUUAGUGCCCUCACUGACACACAAAACAAAACAACGAAUACACAACACACUAACUACACAAGACAACACAACACGCUGACUAUACACUUCACGCUAAACGCCACAAAUCUGGCACAUUGCUUUUUUUAAGGAAUUUGAAGUUUUUUGGUCGAUUUGGUCUCCAGGUUUCAAAAACAGACAUGCGCAGACACGUUCUCUCCACAUUCCUUCACAGCCUGUCAGUCAUCGCUGAGCUCCGCCCCCUUUGGACUGGCAGGCUCCUUCAGCCACUCACACUGCGGCUGCUGGCGGGGUCUGUGUCUGUGUGGGCGUGGUCUGAUCCAGAGGUGGAGGCAGAAAGUUGGAGCAGCUUUUGUUCUCAACUUUUUGUGCGCAUGUGAGCUGGAGCUGCAGACUGGAAUCACUGGUGUACUUUUUAGAGUGUGUGUCCGCGCUGUGUGUGACUGUGACUGCGGCUCGGCGUGUGUGUGAGUCUGUGGUUCGGGACCCCCACCUGCAGCUGUCCCACCGACCCCUGUCCGCUCUACAGGCCGCCUCUCGCAGCUCCUCAGACGGUCUCGCAGGCAGCCCCGCCCCGCUGCUCUACGCUGGAGGAGAGAGGAGGAGGGGAUGGAGGAAUGAGGGAGAACCGGGGGGAACAGAGAGGAGGCUGAGGGCUGAAGGAGUCGGGUGCUGUGACUCCCUCCGGCCUCCAUCUUGGACACUUUGUGGACUUUUUUCUUUUUCUCGAACUUUUCGGCUCCAAUGAGGCGCGCGCGGCCGGCGGAGACCGAGCCCAGCUGACAUCAGUGAUCGGUGAUCGAUAGGUGCGACCGGGACGGAGUAAUGGGAGCUCACCGGGGCCCCAUGGCCCCCGGCCGGGCCUCCUCCUGCCGCGGGCUGCUGCUGCUGCUCCUCCCGCUGCUGGCGGUGCUGCUGGGCUCCUGCAGGGCGGAGGAAGAUGUGCUGAUGAACACCAAGCUGGCCACAUCUGACCUAAGAUGGACGAGCUACCCUGCUGAUGACCCGCAGUGGGAGGAAGCGAGCUCGAGGGACGAUGACCAUAACACCGUGCGGACCUAUGAGAUCUGUACGAUCGCUAGUAGUUCUUCCUAUUGGCUGAGGACGCGCUGGAUACCCCUGAAGGCGGCGACCACAGUCUACGUGGAGAUCUGGUUUUCCAUGAUGGAGUGUUCCAGUCUGAGCAGGCAGCCCUGCAAAGAGACCUUCAACCUGUAUUACUACCCGUCAGACGCUGACAACGCCACGCUCACUAGCCCGGCCUGGAUGGAAAACCCUUACAUCAAAGUAGCCACGGUCGCCGCUGACCACCUGAUGCUGCGCGGCACCAGGGGGCGCCCUAACGUCAAGGAGCUGCGCCUAGAGGGACUGCGUAAGGCGGGGCUUUACCUGGCCUUCCAAAGCCAGAGCAACUGCAUGGCAUUGCUCUCUGUGCGCGUGUUCUACAAGAAGUGCCCGCCCCUGCGCCGCGCCUUUGCCUCUUUCCCUGAAACCGUCCCCCACUCGCUGGUGGAGCAGGCUCAGGGUGUGUGCGUGGAGAAUGCUGUGACGCCGCCUGGCGAGCAGUCACAACCUCCCAGCAUGCUUUGUAGCGAGGUUGGGGAGUGGGUAGGGCAGCCAACGUCCAGCUGCGCCUGUCGUCCUGGAUACGAAGCUGGAGAGACCGACAUGCGCUGUCGAGCGUGUCCGUCUGGUCAUUUUAAAGCCGAGUCAGGAUCUGUUGGCUGCAGCUCCUGUCCAGCCAAUAGCAACACACGAAUUCCAGGCUCCGCCUACUGCCCGUGUCACUCCGGUUUCUAUCGAGCCGACUCGGACCCGCCGCACACUGCCUGCACACAGCCCCCCUCGGCCCCUCGCUCCCCGGUGAGUCAGCUCAACGACACCACGGUGACUCUGGAGUGGAGCGAACCGCUGGACCGCGGAGGACGACAAGACCUGACCUAUAGAGUUCUGUGCUCUACCUGUGGCCCAGCCACCGCCACAAAGGACACUUCCUGUUCCCCGUGUGGUGACAGCAUUCUUUACCGACCGGCACAGAACGGCCUGACCCAGCGGCGCGUUGUCAUAUGGGGGCUCCACCCACAAACAAAGUACAUCUUCACCAUCCAGUCGUUAAACGGCGUCUCUGCACUCAGCCACUCAGAGCCCGCCUCCAGCAAGCUCAACAUCACCACCAGCAGAGAUGUUCCUCCUCCAGUAUCUGGUCUGAGGAGGGUGGAGGCCUCAGAGAGCAGUAUGUCUUUAGAGUGGAGCGUCCCAGUUGUGCAGAACCAGUACCAGAUCCUGGACUACGAGCUCCGCUACAGGCCUGAGGAUAGCGAGGAGGCGGUAGAGUGGCAGUACGUGUUCAGCAGGUCUUCUUCUCUGGUGCUGAACGGGCUGCAACGGGCGACACGGUACCAGGUGCAGGUCCGCGCUCGCUCUCAGGCCGGUUAUGGCUCAUUCGGCGCUGAGACCGGCUUCAACACGCUGCCUGACGGCGUGUCCCAGCUGAUGGUGACCGGAGUUGCAGCCUCUUUGGGGAUACUGCUGCUCGUUGUGGCGGCCAUAGUCGGCGUGUUCUGCUACCGCAGGAGGAAGAGGAGCGCGCACAUCCACGACAAGAGCGGGCACUACCAUAUGGGACAGACGAUGAAGGUCUACAUCGACCCGUUCACCUAUGAGGACCCAAACGAGGCGGUGAGGGAGUUUGCCAAAGAGAUCGACGCCUCCUUCGUUAAGAUCGAGGAAGUCAUUGGCGCAGGUGAGUUUGGAGAGGUGUGUCGUGGUCGGCUGAGGAUCCCGGGCAGGAAGGAGAACUACGUGGCCAUUAAGACCCUGAAGGGUGGCUACACGGAAAAGCAGAGGCGGGACUUCCUGUCGGAGGCGUCCAUCAUGGGACAGUUCCAGCACCCCAACAUCAUCCACCUGGAGGGAGUCAUCACCACUUCCUGUCCUGUCAUGAUCCUCACUGAGUUCAUGGAAAACGGAGCGCUCGACAGCUUCCUGAGGAUGAAUGAUGGCCAGUUCACCACCAUCCAGCUGGUUGGGAUGCUGCGCGGCAUCGCAGCAGGGAUGAAGUAUCUGUCUGAAAUGAGCUACGUCCAUAGAGACCUGGCGGCUCGUAACAUCCUGGUGAACUCCAACCUGGUCUGUAAGGUGUCAGAUUUCGGCCUGAGCAGGUUUCUGACUGAAAACUCGUCAGACCCGACGUACACCAGCUCUCUGGGUGGCAAGAUUCCCAUUCGGUGGACGGCUCCUGAAGCCAUCGCGUACAGGAAGUUCACUUCAGCCAGUGACACCUGGAGUUACGGCAUUGUCAUGUGGGAAGUGAUGUCAUACGGGGAGCGACCAUACUGGGACAUGAGCAACCAGGACGUGAUAAACGCCAUCGAGCAGGACUACCGGCUGCCCCCGCCGCCGGAGUGCCCCGCCUCCCUGCACGCGCUUAUGCUGGACUGCUGGCAGAAGGAGCGAGCCAACCGGCCGAGGUUCUGCGACGUGGUGGCGGCGCUCGACAGGCUGAUCCGAAACCCCACCUCUCUGAAAGUAACGCACCCAGAGGCACAGAGCCUGUCCCAUCCUCUGUUGGACCAGAGUCCCCCUCCUCUCUCAGCCUGCGGUUCGGUCUCCGAGUGGCUCCGAGCCAUAAAGAUGGAGCGAUACGAGCAGAGCUUCCUGCAGGCCGGAUUCACCAACCUGGACAUCGUCUCACAGCUCAACACUGAAGACCUCCUCAGAGUGGGCGUGACCCUUGCCGGGCACCAGAAGAAGAUACUCUCUUCCAUCCAGACGCUCAGGAUACACAAAGCUCCACCCACCCUGCUCUACUGACCAAUCACAGCCUGGUCACAGCACAACACUCAAAACGACCCCGACACUGUCCACCAUUGUACCCGAUCCAGCCUGUCGCUCUGACCAAUGGGAACGCUUUACAGCCUGAAACACUAAUUGAUGAGCAGUUUCGACCAAUCAGAAUGAAGGAAUGAGAUUACCAUUCUUUGACGGGCUCGUUGAACCUCAGGAUUUCUAUUGCUUCGUCUCGCUGAACCACAACAGCGGCUCAGGAAGUCAGAGGCUCUGCUCGCCAUCGUCCCGAGGUCACUGCUUGGUUUUUUAAUUCUACUCUGAACAGCGGAGCUCACAGAAAUCAGCCAAUCAGCAUCCAGCACAGAAAGGAUGUUGGAAGACUUUGGAAACUAUUCCUUAUGUGGACUCUUCUGAUUGGAUGUUGGUCUGCUGUAAAGACUAAGCUCCGCCCCUUGCUGGGAGCAUAGCUUUGAUGCCUUCCCAGCCUGUUUGAUGGCUGGAUUUCCAGGUUAGGAGGAUUUUUCCACUGAAGAAACAUCAAGAGUGGAAAAAUUACAAAGGCAGAAAAUGACUAAAUUCUGCUUUCUGUUGGAAACACAAACAGGAUACUUUCGUUUGUACUUCGUAUAGAAGCAACAAAAACCCUUUGCAUGAUGCUGCCACUGUGACUGCACAGACCCAAGAGCCUUUUAAGAUGAGCCGAACGGGUUUUAUGGUGACGUGGACGGUGUGUGAGUGAAAUUUCAGCUCGGUGGAAUUAUCUUCAACCACCAAUAGGAAUCUUUGGGAUAUUAUCUGAACAUAUGUGUGUUUCUGGAGGACAUAUUAGGGAUGUGGGACAUGUUGGAGGAAAUGUCACAGGAUGGUAUUACCGGUUGAUAAUCUCCCUCUCAGUGGGAUUAUUUCCACACCAGCAUUCAGGACCAUCUGAAGGGAUUUAUGAUGUGACCUGUCAGUAUGUUCAAGUAAAGUUUCAGCAUCAUACUGUUUGUAAUAUGUGAGGAAUAUUCUGGGCUUGCCUCAGAAAACACCAGUGUACUUUUCAAGGAAGUCUUUGGGAAUGUUCGGUGCCGGCUCAAACCAGAACUUUUCCAAAUGUGAUCCUUCAGGUGCUGAAAUUCUCUGGAUUAAGGGAAGUCUUGUGGGAGUAUUUAACUGUACACAUGAUAGUUUUCUCAAUCAGACUGAACGUUUUUUAAACUGUGUUCGGUGCCUACAAACAAUGGAAGCCCACCUGUAGUGGGUUUCCGUGUUGUGAACGUACUCAAGUGUAUUUUGUCCUCAGAGGUUCCAACUGGAUCCAUGGAUCCAUUAACUAAACGAUAUCCCCUUUAUAGACUCCGCUCCCCAUAACUGUGGCCUAAAAGUAUGAAAAUGUCCAUACGUGACUGUCAUUUAUUAGCUUUUCACUUUCACGUGUUGGGAUGAAGCCACUGCAGAUUUAAUGUUUUUAAGACCAUUUUUCGCAGGGAGUUUAAAGCCAUUCAAAGCUUCAGACCCUGAGUGUUGGAACUAGUUUGAGGACUAAGUUUGAGGACUACAGCAGAAAUCUUGGAACUGUUUAAUCGUGAACUAUUGAUGGUUUUGUAUCGUAGCACUUUUUUUUUGUUUUUGUACCUGAUAUUUGAUCGUAUUUUUACACAAAGCAGGAGAUCAGAGUUUUUAUAGUAAACCUACAUUUCAGGAGAAACGUCAUUUUCAUUUUCUACAGAGAAACGUAUAAAAACAAUCUGCCUUAGCUUUCACGGAGGCGAGUGAGACGAUCUAGGGUUCAGGACCAAAGAUCACAUCUGCCCAUUGGAGCGAGACUGUGCGUCUGCCUCACUACAUAAAUGUUUAACAGCGGCCCACAAACCAGCUUUUCCACUUUUACAACACUAACAUUAACCAUCAGGCCAACAUUUGGCAGUUUGCCCUUCCUCUUCAGUCUCUUCUGUUCUCCGGCCAACCACUCAUUAAUGUGAGGAGCAGUCUUUGUUAGUGAUACUUCACAGACUUCGUCACAGGAAAUACCUGAACACUGUCAUCACCUUUCUCACCGAGCCAUCGUGUAGAUGUAUUUGUCUGUUUUGUUUUAUAUAAACUAAAUUAUUGUCAUGGUGGUCAUCGUCUCAGGUGUAACUCCAGCAGAUGAUGAUCAGCCAGUUAAAACCACCGAGCUAAUCAUGUGAUCUGGAGGAGAGUGCAGUGUUUCUGCAGAAAUGUUUGCAUGCAAAUGGAUGCAAAGCUUUCCUAAAGGAGCUGUUGCAUAGCAGAAUAUAACAGGUGUUCUCCUUCAUCUGUAAAUGACAUGAUACUCUAUCAAGUCUAGUACCCUGUGGUUGGACUCCACCUCCACCAUGUUGGAGAGCAGUAACCAGGUAGGAACAGAAAGACUGAAAAGGCCUCUGAGAUCAGAGCUGACUGAAAUAUAAAACAAAAAGAAGGGUAGAUCCUCCACUUAUAGGGUGGGUCUUUUGGAUGGACGGAAACAUAAAACUGCCAAAAGCAGCUGCCGACAUACUUUGGUGGGCUUCCAGCUGGAGACCGAAACAUCCAGUAAACCUUCUGUCAUCAGAGUUCUGAUAAUCAGGACUGAAUCACGAUGGUCUGAAAGGCUGAGUAACCCCAGAGUAAUCCAAUGGUAUUUUUACAGAAUCACGUAAACCGGUUCAUUGCCGUCCAUUGGUCCAUCACCUGCCGCCAAUAACAGCACACAGGGAGCUCCUCUUUGUCACUGCCUCCUUUCCGUAAAUCACAGUGUUGCAUGAUGGGAGUUUGAGUCAGUGGCAGUCCACCAUCCAUCCACUUUCAUUGGACAGACCAAUGUAAACACUUUGUUUUGGGAAACAAAUUUUAUUUAAAUGAGUAAUUUUGAAUGUUGUGAACUCAGCUCUGCCUUUUAUACGUCCACACUAAUGUAUGAGAAUAUUUUUAUUGUUGUUAAUGUUGUCAUAAAGAAGGAUGUCCACUGGGCGAGGGAAAACUCUGUUGGCCAAUAAAGAUGCCCGAUGACACGUC